AUGGUACAGCCUGUUUUCCUCAUUCGCGACCCUAUCCGCGAAUUUAGCAGCUGGAAGAGUGCUGGAUGGCAAGAUAUCGAUAGUUUGAUACACGGUUACAUCAGCCUGUUUCAGGUUCUUGAACAAACCUCAUCGCAUGCAGUCUCGUGCCUUCUAUAUGAGAAACUCGUUGAAAAUCCUCAAGUCGAAAUCCAACAUAUAUGCGAAGAAUGGCAGGUCCCAUUUUCCGAGGCAAUGCUCAAAGGCCCUUUAGGCUUGUCCUUCUUCUCGGCAGACGGCGAGGAUGUCAAACUCUGCGGCGAUGAGGCUGCAGGUCCAUUCGCGACAUUGGAGGCCAAUUCUUUUAUAGCACCCAAGGUGGAAACGCACGGUCUCCUCUCCAACGACGAAAAGGAGAUUCUCGAGAAGAGCAUCGGACGCCAGUAUCUUUGCUGUUGGAAGGACGAUGUCGUGCGUCUACGGACCAUUUUUUCCGAGAAGACGUGGAUCGGCUUCGAUCUCGACGACACUUUGCACGAAUUCCGGCGUGCAUCCUCAAAGGCGAUCGACUGUAUCCUUACAAGCAUCUCAGCGCAGUAUGGCACGCCUAUGUCCAGGCUGAGGGAGCAGUAUUCCAGGAUCCUCAAGGCAAAGACGGCAAGCGCAUUCUCGGAUGGCAGGUCGUCUUUCGACUACCGUAGGGAGAGAUUCACCCUCCUACUUACAUACUUCUCCUUGCCACAAACCACAGAGUUUUUAGAUGCGCUACUUGAGUCCUACGAAACGGCUUUAGUCGGCGCCCACGAGUUGAAGUGCGGCGCUAUAGGCUUGCUGUCUACUAUAAAGGGGAUGGGGAAGAAGAUUGUGGUCAUCACCGAAGGUCCUCAGGAUGGGCAAGAACGCACGGUCAACGCCCUCGGUAUUAGAAACUACAUCGAUUUCCUCGCAACGACAAAUCACUUUCGCGUCUCCAAGGUCGAUGGCCUGUUUCGCAAAGUCCUCCAACACUUGGGCAUUUCCUCCGACGAAAUUGCCUAUGUCGGCGACAGCGAGGAGCGAGACAUGGAGCCGGCCAUAGCCGAAGGCAUAUUCUCUAUUCAUCUUGCCGAGGCGAAGAACAUAUCGUUGAGUUCAUCUCCUCCACGUGUCAAUACAUUGAGGAAGCUGCAGUAUAUAAUGUCGGAAAAGGCGUGA